AUGGUUACUGAGCUCAGAUCAGUUAAGGGGCAGAGAGCCUCCCCUCCUCACCGCUCUAUAAAAGAGACCCAGCAAAGAGACCCUACCGGCUUCCGGCUCAGCCUGGGCGAAAGCGUGGGAAGCGAAGCCCGAGACCUCGGGAGCAGAGCACACCAGCUGCAGUGGCCAGGCCAGCAUGUCUCCUUCCUUCCAACUUCAGUGCCACUUCAUUCUGAUCUUCCUGAUGGCUCUAAGAGGGGACAGCCGGUACCCAGAGCGGGGCAGGGAGGGUGCCCCGCCCCUGGUCCCCUUUCCCACCCCUCGCACUUUCCCCGUCUGACCCACCUUCCUCGCCAGCUGCGGGAAGCGGCGGACCACGACCCUCUCCUGCUCCUGAGCGCCAGCCUGAAGCGGGAGCUGGCGGGGGAGCCGCUGUACCGCCGCGCUCUGCGGUGCCUGGACAUGCUGAGCCUCCAGGGCCAGUUCACCUUCACCGCUGACCGGCCGCAGCUGCACUGUGCCGCCUUCUUCAUCAGCGAGCCCGAGGAGUUCAUCACCAUCCAUUACGACCUGGUCUCCAUCGACUGUCAGGGCGGGGACUUCCUGCAGGUAUUUGAUGGUUGGAUUCUCAAGGGGGAGAAGUUCCCCAGUUCCCAGGACCAUCCUCUCCCCACGACUGAACGGUACACAGAUUUCUGUGAGAGCGGUGGCAUUGGAAGGAGUAUCCGAUCCUCCCAGAACGUGGCCAUGAUCUUCUUCCGGGUCCACGAACCAGGAAGUGGAUUCACAUUAACCGUAAAGACGGAUCCCAACCUCUUUCCCUGCAAUGUCAUUUCCCAGACCCCAAAUGGGAGGUUUAGCCUGGUAGUUCCGCAUCAGCACCGAAACUGCAGCUUCUCCAUAAUUUAUCCUGUGGCGAUCAAAAUAUCUGACCUCACUCUGGGACACUUAAAAGGUCUGCAGUUGAAGAAACCCUCAGCAGGCUGUGGGGGAAAAGGAGACUUUGUGGAGCUGCUGGGAGGAACUGGACUGGACCCUUCGAAGAUGAUGCCUUUAGCUGAUCUCUGCUAUCCUUUUCAUGGUCCUGCCCAAAUGAAAAUUGGCUGUGACAACACUGUGGUGCGCAUGGUCUCCAGCGGAAAACACAUCAAUCGUGUGACUUUUGAGUACCGCCAGCUGGAACCAUAUGAACUGGAAAACCCAAAUGGAAACAGUAUCCGGGAAUUCUGUUUGUCUAUCUAGUCUUUGAACAACCAACCCAAUGAUUUCCAUGCUGCUAAGUGACUUUUUAAUGGCUAUUGUAUAUACAUAGGGUUUUGAUGACCAGCUAGUUAAAAGCCCUUCAUACCAGUCACUAUUCCCAGCCUUGAACGUACGUCUCUCUCUCUCUCACACACA